AUGCCUACUGUCCUAUCAGACCAUACAAUCAUACCAGUGCUGAAUCGCACAACCAUUACAUCCAUUUGCAGUGACUGUCACUUUGUUGUUGUUAUCACUGAAUCACUGACACUGUUAUGGCUGGAGAUGGACAACGAACAGCCACAUCAAGAACUCGUCAAAUGUGUGGUCGUCGGCGACACUGCCGUCGGCAAGACACGACUCAUCUGCGCCCGAGCCUGCAAUUCACGACUUGAUCUGAGCCAACUCAUGACCACCCAUAUCCCCACUGUAUUGCAAAGAUCGUGGGAAGUGGUGGAUGGCGUGAAUGUCUCGUUGAGACUGUGGGACACCUUUGGAGAUCAUGACAAAGACAGACGGUUUGCUUACGGCAGAUCGGAUGUGGUAUUGUUGUGCUUUUCAGUGGCAAAUCCAAUAUCUUUGCGCAAUUGUAAAGUGAUUUGGUAUCCGGAAAUCCGGCGGUUCUGUCCGAACACACCUAUAGUACUGGUCGGAUGUAAAAAUGAUUUGCGAUAUAUGUAUAGAGACGAGAAAUUCCUGUCUCUAUGUCGCGAAAGGAGUCCUUUCUUCAGGCCUUUGAAAGAGACUGAUAUUCUGACUCCAGAACAGGGAAGACUAGUGGCCAAGGAUAUAGAAGCGCCCUAUUAUGAGACCAGUGUUUUCACACAUUUCGGAGUGAAUGAAGUGUUUGAAAAUGUCAUAAGAGUUGCAUUGAUUGCAAGACGACAGCAGAGGUUUUGGAUGACUAACUUGAAACACGUCCAAAGAUCACUACUUCAGGAGCCAUUCUGUCCGCCCCAACCACUCGCGCCUAAAGUUGUAGUUCCGGUUUCCCAGUUUGAUCAGCACUUGUCAUCUCUCCUCCAAUACCAGGCCUACACUGACCUCAUACUAUCGAUGGGAAAGUCUGGUAUCUGUGCCCAUAAGGUUGUAUUGUCUGCGGCUUCCAAAGAGUUCUAUAAGCUGUUGACUAUGGAUAUCACCGCCGGAACUGAAUAUAACAAUAGCAUCGGUUAUUGGGGCCGAAGUGCCAGUGACUCGAGUAUUAACAGCUCGACGGACGCCUCAGUCGGCAAUUUCAACACCGAUACGGAACAGUUGUUGAGCACUUCACCGGCUGGUCUGGUGGACACCGGCCACACCAAUAAGCUAUAUAUGUUUCGCUGCACUCAGGGCUCAUCGUCAGUGUCUGGAAGUGACGCUCCGACCGCCCACUCAAAUGCCAUCAAAAAGAGGUCCAAUUUUCACAAUCAAACAGAUCUGAAUUCACUCAGAACUGGUGUCCAUAAGAGUCUCAAUCAUCCGCUGUUCCAAUCGAUUAGUGUAGAGCUCGGAGAGAGUGUCAUAGACUAUAACGGAAGACUCGCGCCAAACGUCCAGACAGUUGUCUCAAUGACUAAUGCCAUCACUUUGGGUGCUCUUCAGAGUUAUAUUCGUUUCAUAUAUUCGGCAAAACUUAAUCUCGAGAACGAGACUCCAGUGUCUGAGCUCUACGACAUCGCAGAGCUGUUAGGUCUGCAAGAGUUGCAAAUAGUACUCAGAAAUUUGGAUGAACUUAAAGAAUCAGACGUUUACUUCAAUCAAUCAUUUCUCAAUGACUUCAAUCUCAAAAUGAAGAGAAAUCUUAAGAAAAUAUGUUUAGACGACGGCUUGUUUGCAGAUGUUGUGUUUAAGUUAGACGACGGAACCUGUUGUGGACAUAAGGCUAUACUUAUGUGUAGGUGUGAUGUGAUGGACGCUAUGUUUAGGGGAGACUUCAGAGAGAGUUCAGCCAAAGUUAUCCCAUUCCCUGGCGUUAAUAAAGAGACAUUUCGGCAAAUGUUGUUCUAUAUAUACACCGAUAGUCUGGACACGAGUAUAACUCAUUCCAAUUGCCUACCGGUGCUCGAAUUGGCCAACAGAUUAUGUUUGUUACGUUUGGUGGCUUUGAUCGAAAGCCAUGUCAUCUGCGAAUUGACGCGAAUGUGUGACAACGGCAGUGACAUCACUGAGUCGGUGCUCCGACUGCUAGAGCCGUGUCAGAUACACAACGCGGACCAACUGUCUGAGUACUGUCUGCACCAAAUAGCCAUCCAUUACAACGAGAUUUGCCAUAAGAACACAAAACUGUUGCGUAAUCUUCAUCCGGAGAAUCAGGCGUAUCUGAAUCGGAACCGAUGGCCACCGGUUUGGUAUCUAAAGGAAUUUGAUUACUUCGAGAGGUGUGUGCGGGAGAGGCAGUGGCAGGAGAAGCCCAAAGGUCUGAAACGGCAUCGACUCAAUAGUGGAUGUCUUUGCUUUUCGGGCAAAAACCGGCGAAACGACUCCCGAAACAAUACAAAGCAUGUGUUGACUUGAUUUUCACUUAUAUUGUACUCAAACUUAUAUUCUUCGGACCAAUGGCUGAAAUAAGGCUUAAAACUGUUUUUAGUGUAAUAUUAUAUGAAUGUUGUCUUUCAUUCAAUUCAGAACCGCUUUCGAUGUCCGACAAUAUUGUCUACUGUUAUCUCAUUAGUCAUUAAUCAUUGGUUUUCAUUAUUGUAUUCAUAUUGUGAUAUAAAUUUAUUGUUAGGAUUUGUACUAAAUGUUGAGUUAAUGUUUGCUUUUAAGCCUUUUUUAUCUUUUGCUCAAUUCGUCGCUAAUGUCUCAUUGUUUUCAAUGCCAUCCCUUCUCAUCAUGACAUCAGAACUUAUUUAUUAAAUUUCGCUAAUCUUAUGAUGAAUUGAAUGAAUCAAAUGCUAGAAAUCCAAGUCUAAUGUAAAUAGAGAUUAGAUUUGUAUUCAUAAUUUAAAACUCACACAAACUAUAAAAUAUAUAAAUAUUUUUAAGUCCUUUUAUAACAGCGAACCCGAAGUAUUUCUAUUGAGACCAAUACUGAAGUUUUUAAUUAUUAUUUUUGUUUAUACUCUUAAUAUUAUUGAAUACUGUAUUCUAUACAUACCGUAAC